UCUAGUUAUUAUAGCAUCCAUAAUCUCAAACCCCACCAACAAUAAAAGUUCAACAAUGUCAUUUUCUUAUACUAAAAACUGUGACUUCUUCUCCAAUGAUCAUCUCCUUCCUUCUCUCGGAACAAGAAUCAACCAUGAUACAAAGCUUCGAAAAUACAUCAUUUCGCCCUUCGAUCCUCGUUACAGGGCUUGGGAGAUGUUUCUACUGAUUCUUGUCAUAUAUACGGCCUGGAUUACGCCUUUCGAGUUUGCAUUUCUGAAAUACAAAAUAGAUGGCUUUGUCAUAUUUGACAACAGUGUCAACUGCUUCUUUGCUAUUGACAUUUUCCUUACCUUUUUCAUGGCUUAUCUUCAUCCAGAAUCUUAUAUUCUUGUUGAUGAUCCUAAGAAGAUAGCAAUAAGGUAUUUAUCGACCUGGUUCAUGUUUGAUGUUUGUUCCACUGUGCCAUUUCAUGCUUUACUCUUUAUUGAUCACAAAAAAAGUGAUGGAGUUGGAUUCAAAUUGCUCAGUAUGCUCAGACUUUGGCGUCUUAGAAGAGUCAGUGCCUUGUUUGCAAGGCUUGAAAAGGACAUCCGUUUUAACUAUUUUUGGACGCGAUAUGCAAAAUUGAUAUCUGUAACUUUAUUUGCAGUGCAUUGUGCUGGAUGCUUUAACUAUGUGAUUGCAGAUAGAUAUCCUGAUACCAAAAAAACAUGGAUUGGUGCAUCAAAUCCUGAUUUCAAAGAAGAAAGCCUAUGGGACAGAUAUAUAACUUCACUUUAUUGGUCUAUUGUAACACUAACAACAACUGGUUAUGGAGAUUUACAUGCUGAAAAUCCAAGAGAGAUGCUCUUUGAUAUCUUUUACAUGUUAUUCAACUUAGGAUUGACAUCUUAUAUCAUUGGUAACAUGACAAAUCUUGUUGUUCACAAGACCGGCUACACCAGAAAUUUCAGGGAUAAAGUCGAAGCAGCUCAAGAAUUUGCAAGACGAAAUCAGUUGUCGCCGCGGAUACAAGAUCAGAUUUUGUCUCAUAUCUGUCUCAAGUUCAAAACUGAAGCAUUACAACAAGAUGAGACAUUGAAUGUCCUGCCAAAAUCAAUCAAAACAAGCAUUGCAAAUUACUUGUUUUUCCCAAUAGUUCAAAAUAUCAGUCUGUUCCAAGGUGUUUCCAGGGACAUGAUUUUCCAACUGGUUCCUGAAAUGGAAGCUGAAUAUAUCCCUCCCAAGGAAGAUGUGAUUCUACAAAAUGAGGCUCCAACAGAAUUGUAUAUAAUAGUCUCAGGACAAAUGGAUUUGAUAGCAGAUAUCAAUGGAAAUGAACAAAUCAUUGGAAAGGCUGUUGCUGGAGAAUCAUUUGGAGAAAUAGGGGUUUUAUUUGGAAGGCCACAACCAUAUACUGUUAGAACAACUCAGCUUUCUCAAAUUUUACGCCUGAAGACGACAACCUUGUUGAACAUUAUUCGAGCAAAUCCAGAAGAUGAAGGGAUUAUAAUGAAAAAUCUUGUUCUGAAGCUGCAAAGUUUUGGAGGUUUAGGUUAUGUGGACCAAGAAAGUGAUCAAAAUUUAGUCUUCAACAACUGGUCAAAUGGAGGACAAAGAGAUGAAUGCUGCUCUCAUGUUUUACAACAAGAUACACCUCUGGUUAGCAUAAAUAUCCAAAAUUUAGAAGCUAGAGUUAAGAAACAAGAAGAAGAUAAAGGUGACAGUAAUGAAGAUCAACUUGACGCGAAAGGGUUGAUAGCAAUAACUCAAGCAGAACAUGAAGGAAACGAAAGCAUGCAUGAGUUGUUAUCAAAUCUUGAAAAUUACAGUGAGUUAAAUGAGAAGAAAGGUAAUUUCAUUAGCUUAGAUGAAGAAAUAAGGAGCAGCCAAUUCAAGAAUUCCAGAAAUGAUGUCCCCUGCUGUUCUUAUUCAAGCGAUAGAAGAUCCACUUCCACAAGCUUUAUUGGUGCAAAAGGGACAAAAUCAACAAAGAAGAGAGUUACCAUUCAUAUGAAAAGGAACAGUUCACUGAAGGAGCAUUAUGGGAAGCUAAUAAUACUACCUGAUACACUUGAAGAGCUAUUCAAAAUAGCAGGUGAGAGAUUUGGGGAGUACAAUCUCAAGAAAGUUGUAAAUGCAGAAAAUGUAGAAAUAGAUGAGGUAGAUGUCAUUAGAGAUGGUGAUCAUUUGUAUCUUCUUUCAACUAAUGUGACGUGAUAAUUGAUUGCGAAAGGCUGAUGUUCAUAUAUUGAUCUCGUUACAUAAAUGUCAGGCAACAUGAAUCAGGGAGAAAUAAAUUUUAAGUAUCACUUAAAAGUUUACAAGAUUGUCUGCCAAGUACUACUGGAGGAUGACAAUCUAUCCAGUUGUUCCAUUGAAAAACUACAACACUAACACCUUACAAGAUCGUAGCCAUUUCGAGUGAUCCACAUAAUAAGAUGAACAUUGAGCUUCAGAUGAAACUCCAG